AUAAUAUAAAUGGCCUUUUGAGCUUCAACUCUCUGGGCCUUUAGUCCAAUGAUUUCGGGUUUUUCUCUGAGCGCGCCCAAUAACUGCUCAAGGUCCAGGUCCGCAGGGCGAAUUGGCAUUGGCUGCACUGUACACCCGCUUGUGCUGACAAGGCAUUUGCUGAUUCGACGAAACAGCGUCAUCCCAUUGCUGAUCAACGAAUUUCGUUCGAGUAAGAAACCUACACGCGGACAAGAAGAAGCAACUUUCAGGAGCCAAAAUCAAUACAGCAGGGGGAAAGGAUGCUGCUCGAUUCGUUUGUUCCUGUUAGAACUCGAGCCGCGGCAGUAGUAACAUUCGCCAUCGUUUUCAUCUUUCUCUCCGUCUUCGCCGACUCCGCUAAAAACGAUUCUCAGGUGAAAUGCAGUAGAACUUGCGUUGCAGAGAACUGUAAUUCGGUCGGGAUUAGAUACGGAAAGUACUGUGGAGUAGGGUGGACUGGCUGUCCUGGGGAGAAACCAUGUGACGACCUGGACGCCUGUUGCAAGAUUCAUGACGAGUGCGUUGAAAAGAAAGGUUUAAUGAGUAUUAAGUGCCAUGAAAAGUUCAAGAGCUGCAUAAAGAAAGUGAAGAAAUCUGGAAAGGUUGGUUUUUCUCGGGAUUGCCCUUAUGAGACAGCUGUACCUACUAUGGUACAGGGUAUGGAUAUGGCAAUUUUGCUGAGCCAGUUAGGUAGUCCAAAGACUGAACUCUGAUUUCUCUGUGAAGUGCAUUACCUGUGCUAUUUUACUCAUUUUUUCACUAAGCAAAAUGACUUCUUUCAAGAAUUAUGGACAUUGGUUUUCUUUCUCCAUGAUUUUUUGUUAGCCUACCAGUUCUGAAUACAGAAAUUAUACUCUAAUUUUUUUCAA